ACGUCACUUCCGUUCAACAUGGCGUCCUCUGCAGGGGAAGACGGCGUGAGCGACUCUCAAAGGAAUAAAAACAACAAAAAGAAGAAGAUCCAGGUGGAGGAGAGUGAGCUGUUGACAGUGCCUGAUGGCUGGAGGGAGCCAGUCUUCUCUAAAGACGAUAACCCGCGUGGUCUGUUGGAGGAGAGCAGCUUUGCCACCCUCUUCCCCAAAUACAGAGAGGCCUAUCUGAAGGAGUGCUGGCCCCUGGUGGAGAACGCCCUGCAUGACAACCACAUAAAGGCGUCUCUGGACCUGAUCGAGGGCAGCAUGUCCGUGUGCACCACAAAGAAAACAUUUGACCCAUACGCCAUCGUCAAGGCACGAGAUCUCAUCAAACUACUGGCUCGGAGUGUGCCAUUCGAACAGGCAGUGCGGAUCUUGCAGGAUGACGUGGCCUGUGACAUCAUUAAAAUCGGGACUUUGGUGAGAAACAGAGAGCGCUUUGUGAAAAGGAGACAGAGGCUCAUUGGGCCCAAGGGAUCCACACUCAAGGCUCUGGAGCUUUUGACAAACUGUUAUGUGAUGGUGCAGGGAAACACUGUCUCUGCUCUAGGACCCUACAGUGGACUGAAGGAGGUGCGCAAAGUGGUGAUGGACACAAUGAAGAACAUCCACCCCAUUUACAACAUAAAGACGCUGAUGAUUAAACAGGAGUUGGCCAAAGACCCUGAGCUCCGGAGUCAAAGUUGGGAACGAUUUCUGCCAAAAUUCAAACACAAAAAUCUGACGAAGCGAAAAGAACCAAAGAAGAAGAGCGUGAAAAAGGAGUAUACGCCAUUCCCCCCUCCUCAGCCGGAGAGCAAGGUGGAUCAGGAGCUGGCCUCUGGAGAGUUCUUCCUCAGAGAAAGUGUCAAACGACGAAAGAAAUUGGAGGAAGUUAAGGUGAAACAGGCUGAAGCUCUGACCAAAAAACAGGAAGAAAGAAACAAGGCCUUCAUUCCUCCUAAAGAGAAACCCUUGCUAAAUAAGGCCAACAAAGCCUCCUCUGAAGGCAAGCUGAACCUUGAGGCACUCAAAGAAAAAGUGAAAAAGGCCAAAACUAAAAAACUGGGUGCUCCUCCUGUGAACCUGGCUCUUGACUGUUCGGCCGCUUCCUCCACAGACAAGAAGAAGAAGAAGAAACACAAAACCUAACCCCCUAACGUGCUAACAUGCUAAGCGCUAACUGACUUUAGCGCUGGGGCAGCACUGACCUGUCGAACAUGAGACAUCUGUUUGGGACAAUGACAGUGGGCACAUUAUGAAGGGCUUCCCCUGGACUAAAAACAGGAUGUGGAUAUUGAUGAUGUUUUUUACAUAUUUGAUCUGUUGAAGAGGGGCUUUCUACCAUGUUCCCUCAUCAAAAACAUUGCUGAAGAGGUUUUAUGUCAUCCAAGCAUGUUUGAGUAUUUUAGUGAUCUCUCCAGGGCCCUUUUCAAACUCUGUUUAUGGUUAGCUGUAAGAUUCUGUACAGUUCACAGCCCACAAGCCUAUGUCACCCACCCACACGAUAACUCUCCAUAAAUAUAUAAAAACUUGAUACAAAACUACAUAGCCACUUGACAAACCUGAUGCCUUGCAUGCUGAUAACCAUGAAAGAUAACAUGGUGAUCUAAAUAUAUUCUGUGUUUGCAAAAAUACCUCAUAGAAGUAUAAUACCCUUUCUUUAAGGAUGAGUAAAGUCUUGUGAUGAUCUAGGCUUGUGAGGACUCGUAGUUUCUCACCAUGUUCUGUUUCUGACAUAUCCAUUGUAGUGGCUUUUGGUCGCUUUAGCUUAAGUAUUACACCUCUUCUAUAAUAUAUAAUAACAGAAUAAUUACCAUAUGUCUAUUAUUUGGAAAACACCCUUUACACCUCCACUUGUUGUUGGAGCAUCCGUUGCUGUCAGCAAAAAGUUAGCAUAGCAUCCCUCAUGAAUGCUAUGAUGAUAAAGCCAUUCGUUUGUUGUGAACACAGUUUAACCACAGAAUAAGUCUCAGGGUUAUGGGUUAAAAACUGCAGGAGAAAUCUGGAGUUUAUAUUUGAUGCAACUAAAUGGGCGAAAUGCAAACAGCAUUUUUGAGGCUCAGAGAAGACGACUUUGGAUUAAUGAAAUUCUGAAAUAAGCAUGAAUGUAACAAAAUACAACAAAUGCAUCCUUUAGUGCAGCUCAGUGCCGGGGUUGCCAGAUUUUUAAAUACCGGUAAGUGGCCAGGCCUUUGAAAAAUGACCAAAAACAAGCAUCCCCUGCUCCACAAAUUUAGCUUAUUAAUGUUCUAAAAUGUUUGACAUCACAAGAGCAGAGAGUGGAGAAACUGAAAAUUUCUGAUAACUCAUCUAAAAUCACCAAAGAAAUCACUCAAAAACAUGGCUGAAGGUCACAAAAGUGGAUUUUGUAUAUAAUAUGUCAUCUCAUUUUAGGACUAAAAAAACAUACAACUGUUAGACUCAUUUAAACUGCUUUGCAUUUCCAGGAACAAUUUGAAGCUUUUGUAUCCACCGUCUGCAUUUGAACAAUCUACAUUGUGUGGACAAUUAUUAGGCAAGUUGUAGUUUUGAGGAUUAAUUUUUUUAUUGUACAACUACAGUGCUCUUGGUCAAUCUAAAACAUUAACAAACCCUCAAACCUGAACAUUUAAGUGGUAAAAGGGAUGUUUUGGGUUAAGAGAAUAUCUACAUGUACACCAUUAUUAGGCAACUAUUUGUUUUUCAUUUAGCUGCAUAAUAAUUCUGCACACAAAGAUUUUCUCAUCUCACUUGUUUAUUUUCACCUGUUAAAGUGAGAAUAAUAAACAAACUUAAAAUUUUUAAAUAAACAUUUAUGAAAUUUCAAAACAAAAAAACAACUCUGACCAAUAAAGCCACCCUUCUUUUCGAUAACAGUCACAAGCAUUCCAUUCAUGGAGUAAGUUUCUUGAUCUGGUCAGAAUCAACUUUUUAUGCAGCCGCAACCACAGCCUCCCAGACACUGUUCAGAGAGGUGUAAGAUUUUCCUUCACUGUAAGUUUCCUGCUUAAGAAGGGACCAAAAGUUCUCAACAGGGUUUGAGACGGGUGAAGAAGGGGGCCAUGUCAUUAGUUUUUCCAUCUUUAAGGCCUUUACUGGUCAGCCAUGUGGUGGAGUACUUUGAUGCAUGUGAUGGAGCAUUGUCUUGCAUAAAAAUCAAAGUCUUCUUGAAAGAUGCAGACUUUUUCCUGUACCACUGCUUGAAGAAAAUAUCUUCUAAAAAUUGGCAGUAGGUCUGAGAGUUGAUUUUUGAGUAAAUUUUCUACCUGAAAAUGUCCAACUAGCUCAUCUUUAAUAAUACCUGCCCAUACUAGGACCACACCUCCACCUUGCUGGUGUCUGAGUCGAAGUGGAGCUCUGUGUCCGUUACUGAUCCAACCACGGGCCCAUCCAUCUAGUCCGUCAAGAGUCACUCUCAUCAGUCCAUAAAACCUUUGAAAGUCUGCCUUUAGAUAUUUCUUGGCCCAUUCUUGACGUUUCAACUUGUGUGUCUUGUUCAGAGGUGGUCGGGUUUCAGCUUUUCUUGCCUUGGCUAUGUUUCUGAGAACUGAACACCUUGUACUUUUUGACACUCCAGGUGGUUGCAGUUGUGGAAUAUGGCAGCACUGGAGGAUAAUUGGUUCCUGGUAGCUUCAUGUUUGAUUCUUCUCAAAUAUUUGGCAGUUAAUUUGCGUCUUUUCUUCUCGACAUGUUUCUUGCGAAUCUGUUGACUAUUUGCAAUAAAAUGUUUGAUGGUUAUGUGAUCACGCCCCAAUAUCUUAUAUUUCAAGAGUGCUGUAUCCCUCUGAAAGCCUUUUAAAAUUUUUGACUUUUCAGAGUCAGUGAAAUCUCUUUUUUGGCCCAUUUUUCCUGAGGAGAAGAAUCUGCCUAAUAAUUAUGCACACCUUGAUAUAGGGUGUUGAUCUCCUUAGGCCACACCCUCCCUUGUUACAUAAAUACACAGCACCUGAUAUGCAUUAAAUCCAAAAAGCAUUCAAGUUUAUACAGCUUGAAGUUGGAAAUUAUGGAUAGAAUGAUGAUAUUGUCAAAAUAAUCACUUGCCUAAUAAUUGUGCACACAGUGUAGUGCCAUUUGUGUAGAAAGGGGACCCCAUUCCAGAACUGGGCCACGAUGUUGGUCAGGAGUGCCUAUAGCUGUGGGACUAUUGUAGACUUUUUAUGUUGACUUUUAUGCUCAGAGCUGAACCUUGCACAUGUGAAUGUUAUAGCAGAGAAUUUUUGUUAAAUAAAAUAUCACCAGUCUGACUUUUCA